UUGAUGUUUUACUUUUAGGUCUCAGUAAGAUGGAAAAAGAAACGAUGAAGCAUGAACGCUUUGUAUUGGUUGUUGUGCGGCAUUGUGUAUGUUAUCGGUGUACUUCAUUUUGGAACUAAAGUCAUGUCGUUUUGGUCUGCAGGUGGAGCAUCAUCUUCGUCAAGAUCGGUGAUGCCAUCUUUUCAGAUUAUGACAUCUUCAGCAAAUAACAAGUCGCCUUCGACGAUGACUGCAAGUUGUAGCAUCUUCAGGGGAUCAUCUCCACCUGCAAGUACAAAAAUGCUAGGAAGUAGAGGGAAAACCCCUACGGCCUUUCCUUCAACGAGUAGAAGCCAUUCCACACCGACUACAUUUUUUCCGGCAUCUUCUUCUUCGAGUCAGCGUCAAGAACACUUACCGCACUCGACACCUCCAGCUAGUAACAGUCCACCAGUAGGAGACCCAGGUCCCCUCCUCGAACGGAGAGUAACAGCACCAGGAGGACUAGGAGGUGGUUACUCACCCUUCUUGCACGAUGGAUUCGUGACACCGUUUGAGAUACCGACAAGGGCAGCAGGGUCUGCAAGUACUGGGUCAGACAUAGAGACGAGAGCAACAGCACAUAAGCAUCAGGUGCAAGAGGAACAGAAGCAGACGAGCAGUGCCAACACUCCUUUUCCACGGACGCAAACAGUGCCCGUCCUUGCUUUGCAAUCACCACCUCAAGCUGGUCGAAAUGCACUGCUUUCUUCGUCUUUUUUUUCUAGUGAAGGUGGUGUAAGAACUGCUCAGGCUAAAAGUAAAGGAGGUGCUGUAAGUUCUUUACCACAGAUACCAAAACGUAGGAGAGCUCUUGGGACAGCCUCCAGAGGAGUAGAAGCAGGUAUAAUCGAGGAAGACGGCUGCCAAGAAGAAGAAUCACAAGCUUUUCCUCAACAAAGUAGAGCUGCAGAACCCGUACAGCAGGCACUCGAUGAACAAGUUCCCUUGCCGAAUGAAGAUCAAGAAAACAGAAGUGCCAGCUCUAGUUCAGCUCACAGCACAGCCCGCGCUUUUGUGGAGAGCGUCUUACGGGAUUCCUACACGGGUUUCGGCUUCUUAUGGGCCGUGUGCUUUCAAUUCGUGGCUGCGCUUCUCGUUGCCAGUCUCGCAGAUGAGACGAAUGAGAAUCAGUCCCUGUCUGGAGACAAGAACCGUAGUGCGCAUACUGCAACAAUUUCAUACAGCGAGGUCAUUCGUAUGCUCGCUAUCCUGAUGUCUUCGCAUGCGUUCUCGGAAAAACGCAUGUCCACGAGGAAAAACGAGGGAAUCUUCAUUGGUGCACCAGCUUCUAAAGACCGAAGCAAUACGAAGAAAGACGAAAAUCUUGAUAUUGAAGAAGAGCACAGCAGCGCUUCGAGUGAAGAUCACCGAAGGAGCAGCCAGCUUCAAAGUUACGGCGAGUUUGGUAGAAGGCAUGGACGACCCUUGAUAUCCCUUGAUCAUCUAUCCAGAAUUUCAGCCUUUGAAGCUCUAGAAAGAUACUUACAUUUUCAAGGAGGACCCACGAUAGCGAAGUGUGCUUUGAUCAUUACGAUUCAUCGAAGGGUAGAAGCACUCCCUCUUGUAGCAGUAUUUCAAAUAUCUUUUAACUCGAUUGUGUUUUCAUCGAAUGAGUAGAAAUCUAGACGACGGAAAGUCGACAAGAAGCUACUACGACGAUAGAAGAAGAACCCGCGGCGGCCGGAAAUCCAGAUUGUCUUCAUCAAGUAGAAUGUUACACCAUCGGGAUCAUGAUGCUGAGCCAGCCAGUGAUAUUGAUUACGGCUACCGUCGGGUUGGCGCCUUCGCCGUUCAUGACAAGCAGCGAUUGAGAGCACAGAGGAGUUCGUUUUUUACCCGUUGUCUGAGCCUCGCCUAUACGUGUUGUGCAAAAAUGCUUGAAGGUUUGGCAGCCAAGUGCUCUGACAGUCUGAAGCACUUUCCUGGCAUUUCUCGCUUCCUGGAUAGCGCGUGGCUGAAUCAGUGUGCUGCAUUUCGAGUGUGUUUGCUGAUAUCGACAGCAUUGCUUGUUGGGCAAAUCUGCAUGUGGCGACAAGCGUCGUUUUUAGGGGUCGUGUAUUUGGUGAUCUCGUUUGCAUGGCUGCAUCAUGCGGCGUCACAACGGGUUGCAGCAGCCUCGACGAUGAAGAAGACUGAAGAUGAAGAAGCACUGCUAUACGACCACCAUGAAUUACAUACUGCACGAGGAGACCUUUACUACACGAAGUCACGAGGUGGAUACGUCGGAGGCCAGGUUGAACAAGAGCUCUUUGACCGAAGCAGACGCAAAACAAAACGAAGAAAAAGUGCUUCCGGCAGAUUCCUUUCCUGCAGUGAUACAGAUGUGAUGUUCUCGCGUUUUUCCAGACUGCCGACCGCAGAUAAAAGAAAUCAAGGCAAAAAUUCUGAUCAGGACAUUUCAAGCGAAUUAUCGGCACUUCAGCGUCAACAACUGGCACUGCAGUCCUCUUCGUCAUCUGGCACCACACCCUCUUCGUCACCCGGCGGACCGAUUGCCUGUGGUGCAGGGAUGACGGCGAGGACUGUGGAUCGACUCUGGUCGAUUCCUGAGGAUGAACACGUAGGUGGAGACACAGGAGAUAUGACCACUCUCACUGGAACACCGCCGUUUUUUG